CAAAGAACCACCGUUAGGCUGGCAAAAUUCAGAAAACUACGCCUAGGGAACCAAAAUGGGAAUUCACAACUGGAUAUGCUUUUUCUUAUUUGCAUUCAUUGCUCACCCAGUACACCUGACAGUAUUCCUGUCAACAGAAGAUGCAAAUCAAGUCCUGACAAGAUCCAGGCGUGCUGCUUUUAUGUUGUUUGAGGAAAUUUUCCAAGGGAAUUUAGAAAGAGAAUGCCUCGAGGAAAGAUGUACAUAUGAGGAAGCAAGAGAGGCAUUUGAAAACACAGAAGAAACUGAUGAAUUUUGGAGUGGUUAUUUUGGUGGUGUACGGUGUUCUUCCAACCCCUGCCUUCAUAAUGGCGUAUGCAGGGACACCAUUCGCAGCUACACAUGUGACUGUAGAGAUGACUUUGAAGGAAUAAACUGUGCUUUUGCUAAAAAUGAGUGCUGGCAUGAAAUCCAUAAAGGGUGUCAGCACUUCUGCUAUCCAGAAUUUGACUCUUAUCGCUGUUCGUGCGCCAAAGGCUAUGAACUGGGGGAAGACAGUAAAUCAUGCAUUCCACAAGAUGGAUGUGCAUGUGGAAGACUCCAAGAUCAUCUUUCACUUCAACUUAGUGCACCUGAAGAGAUCUACAGAGAAUUCCCCUGGCAGGUCUUGCUGUUAAACUCAGAAGGAAAAUGGAUCUGUGGAGGUGUUCUCUUGAAAACUAACCUUGUAUUAACUACAGCUGAAUGUGCGCUGCUGUCUCCUGCUAGUGUUGUGGUUGGCAUCAAAAAGUUGCAAAGAGCGAAUCAAGUAAUACCAGUGAAAGAAUCACAUACACACAUUCGCUAUGACAUCACCACCGGCGAGAACAACCUGGCUUUGCUAGAGCUUAGUAGCCAAAUUGACUGCGACAGUGACCAUUUACCCAUAUGCAUUCCAGAAAGGGAUUUUGCAGAGCAUGUGUUGAUUUCAGAAAUGGAGGGUACUCUUAGCGCCUGGAAUGCAAAUGGAAGUCACCUGACACCCUCCCUGGUGGAGAGGUCUGUUUCAUACCUCAGCGAGAAUGACUGCAAACAAAUUCUCAACAGAACUUUGAUAACAAGGGAAUUCUGUGGGUACAGUCAAGUGCAAGCAAGGGAAAUGCUUGUGGGUGGAGGUUUUAAUGCGGUUCCCUAUAAAGGCACAUGGUUUCUGACUGGGAUUUUAGAACCAUGGGCAACAGAAACCGUUAACUGGAAAACACUUGUAUUUACCAAGACCUCAAGGUACAUGAUGUGGUUCAAACAAAUAAUGGGAUAAUGAAACAUAAAGACAAAAAACCUAUAUAAAAUGAGUAGCCAGCGUAUAAUGUAUUCAGGUCUGAACCACUGCUGUAAAUAUUAUGUAUGCUUAUCUAUGAAAAUAAAACUUUUUGCCUUCCUCCAGUACUCUUUCUACGAACAAAACAAUGAUUCACUUCAUUCGCCUGUGUGGAGAGA